AUGGCAACGACUACGGCGCUCGUGCUCGGCGAAAUCAACGCCCCGUUCAGUUUCGAGACGGUGCGGCUGGACGCACUGCGCCCGGACGAGGCUCUCGUCGAAAUACACGCCAGCGGCAUCUGCCAUACCGAUCUGUCAUGCGCCGACGGGACUCUGCCUGCGUUUGCGCCCGCCGUCCUCGGCCACGAAGUAACAGACCUCGCAGGCGCCGGCAUCGUCAAGGAGAUUGGCUCGCAGGUCCGACACGUCGCCGUGGGUGACAAGGUGCUGCUCUCCUUCGCCCACUGCCAGCAGUGUGCGCAGUGCGAGGACGGCCACCCGGCGCAUUGCUACUCGUUCAAGUCGCUCAACUUUGGCGGCACGCGGCCCGAUGGAUCGAGCGCCAUGCGCAGGCAAGAGGAACAGGGCGGGCAGGCCCUGUACAGCAGGUUCUUCGGGCAGAGCUCCUUCUCGAGGCACACCGUCGUGUCCGUGUCCAGCCUGGUCAAGGUCCCGGACACGACGGACCUGGCCCUGUUUGCGCCGCUCGGGUGCGGGCUGCAGACGGGCGCCGGCGCCGUCCUGAACACGCUCGACGUCCAGGCCGGCGGCAGCGUGGCCGUCUUUGGCGCCGGGUCCGUGGGCAUGAGCGCCAUCAUGGCUGCCAAGAUGCGCAGGGCCAAGAUUAUCAUCGCCGUUGAUCUCCAGAAGUCGCGGCUCGAGCUGGCGUCUCGGCUGGGCGCCACGCACACACUCCUCGGAAACGACCCCGACAUUGUCGCCAAGAUUGGGGAACUGGCCCCUCCCAACGGGGUCAACUACGCCGUGGACUGCACGGGGGUGCCGGCCGUCAUCGAGACCAUGAUUCAGGCUCUCGGGAGCCGUGGGCACGCGGCGUCUGUGGGGGCGCCGACGCCUGGGAUCAAGACGGGCGUCGACAUCUUUGCCCACGUCAUUCACGGCAGACGCUAUUCCGGGUGUUGCGAGGGCGACUCGAUUCCCAGCAAGGCAAGUUGGCGCUGUAUUAUUCCGUACUUGAUGGACGAAUACGCCAAGGGAAACUACCCGGUGGAUAAGCUGGUCACGUUCUAUGACUUUGGCGAUUUUCAGCAGGCGAUUGAUGAUACCAAGCGCGGCGUAGCGCUCAAGGCAGUGUUGGUUUGGAAGGACUCGACGGAGUGA